UUUCAGUAUGUGUGAGCAAACAGGGCAGUUCGGUGUGUUUUGCAAAGUUCACUCAAUGAUAAGCUUCCUAUUAAUCUAUUAAAAGUCUCUAGAAUCAUCCGUCCGUUUGAUGCGAGUUCAUUCAUUGCUAGCAGGUCGAAAAGAGCGGUCACAGAACAUUUGCAAAAAUGACCGACGCGAAGAAACUGGAGUUUCUCAAAACCAUUCUUCCGGGAAGAAUUUUGCAAAACAUAAAUCUACCCGACGAUCAAGUGGUCAGUGUAAAUGUAACUACUCCGGAACACCUGGACGGAUUUAUGUCCACCAUUCAUCGGUUGCUUUUUACGGCUAAAAACAAACAAAGCGGCAAAACAACCGAUUACAAUUUGAUGGUGAAGGUUAUCAAAGGGGAUGAUUCAUUCCGGACGUCGUCGAGGGCGACAGUUCAGUUUAAUAACGAACGAAUCUUGUAUACAAGGGUGGUGCCACGUUUCAAACAACUUUUGCAAGAACAUAAGAGUGCGGUAGAUGCCGAUGAAUGGUGCCCGAGGGUUUUGUAUGGUGUUUCAGGGAAAUUCCCCGAGUACAGCGACCAGCAGGAAACUAUACUGGUUAUGGAAAACAUGACACUGGAUGGGUUCAAAGCUGGUCCGAGGAAUGACCUUGACGAAGCCCAUCUGAUAUUGAUGGCCAAAAAAAUCGCCCAAUUCCAUGCAUGCUCAUAUGCAAUGAAAAUAAUCAACAAGUCAGAGUACGACAAAUUGGUAGAUGAGUUGAUUCCGCUUAACUUCGUCACGAAAGAAGAAGUAUUUGAAUCCUACGCUCUUCUGUUCAAACUUGGUGUAGGACGUGUUGUUGAGUACGUCGAAGAUCAUCCAAACGUGCUAGAUAGCGAGUCAUUCAAAAAAGAUUUCGUUGCUUUCAAAACCAAAUACGGUACCGAACCAAUCCAUUUGAUGCAGAAAUUUAUGAAAAAAGAUGACUACACGAUCAUUCUCCAUGGUGAUUACAACCGUAAUAAUGUGCUUUUCAAGUAUGACGACCAAGACAAACCGAUCGAUGUUCGAAUGUUUGAUUUCCAAGAGCAUCGAAUGGGUUCGCCGGCAAUUGAUCUAGCAUUUUUCAUGUGCAUGAGCAUGCCUACCGGUCUGAGAGAACGCUUCUGGGAUCCACUUCUUAAGCAUUAUCACGACAGCCUAAUGGAAACUUUAACCGACAUUCUGAAAUGUUCCACGGAUGAUCCUCGCCUCAAACCCUACACCUACAAAAAUUUCAUCAAACACUUGGACUACAACAGCCUGUACGGUGGAAUGGUUGCGAUGCAUUUCCUGCCCUGGAUGCUGGCCCCGGAUGAGGAAUGCGCUCAGCUGGCGCACCAUUUUGCCACCGAUAUGUACUCCAAGGAAAUGAAACACUGGACCAAAGUUAGCGGAGGAGAGCCGGUCGAUUUGCGGUUGAUUGAAAUCCUGCGAUAUCUAAGCAAGCGGGGAAGCUUUGCAAUUGUUCACGCUGACGAUUAAUCUAUCCAGUUAAGUUUGAAGUCACUUUUCAACGUCACUACCAGUUGCUACAGGGAUGUAUAUUUAGUGUUUUGUGUUUGUUUACUUUUUAGCAAUCACUUCAAAUGUGUUUUAAAAGUUUAAACAAAAAUAUAGUCAAUCAUGAAGCCUUUGAAA